AUCGAGCUGCAGGAGCAGAGCGUCAUUACGCACGACACUGAGCAGCUGGAGGGGCAGAGGAACAGAGGAGUCAGCACUGCAAGGAAACACCUGAAACACCUUACUCAGUCCCCCUGCAAAACGUCUGGAUCAGUCCCUGGAUCAGUCCCUGGAUCAGAGAGGUUAACAAUGAGGGGAGUGACCGGGACCUCCGACGGAGCGCUGCGCUUAAUGAAGAGCACUUUGGAAUAAUCCUCCAGCGGUUUUACAAACACACACACAGAGAGAGGGGGAGAGAAUGGGAAUGGCAAGCGAAGACCUGCUUGUGACACUCCAGAUUUUACCUGGGUUCUUCUCAAACUGUCUGUUCCUCGCGCUCUACGACUCCGUGGUGCUCGUGAAGCGCGCCGUGUCGCUGCUCAGCUGCUCGCGGCCCGCGGGCUCCGGAGAGUGGCGCCGCAUGCUCACCUCCGAGGGGCUGCGUGCCAUCUGGAACGGCUUCCUGCUGGACGCACACAAGCAGGUGAAACUUGGUGGCAAUGCUCCAAACUCCAAACUGGUGAAGGUGCCCAAUGCGUCUCGGUGGAGCGGCAGUCUCGGUAACAAGACAAAUGUGACCCCUGGAUCCAGAACCCGAAAUGAAGAGGAGUGCCACCUUCUGGAUUUUGAGUCAUCUGAUCGCCCCCUGGUGGUCAACUUCGGCUCGGCCACCUGACCCCCCUUCCUCAGCCACCUGCCGGCUUUCCGGCAGUUGGUGGAGGACUUCAGUGACGUGGCUGACUUCCUGUUGGUGUACAUUGACGAGGCUCACCCGUCUGACGGCUGGGUGGCCCCUCCGAUGGGCUCCUGCUCCUUCAACGUCCGGAAGCAUCAGAACCUGGAGGAGCGGCUGGGAGCGGCGCGCAAUCUCAUCGAGCACUUUUCUCUGCCGCCGCAGUGUCAGCUGGUGGCCGACAGCAUGGACAACAAUGCCAACGUGGCGUACGGCGUGUCGAACGAACGGGUGUGUAUAGUGCAGCAGAGGAAGAUCGCCUACCUGGGGGGGAAGGGCCCUUUUUUUUACAAUCUGAAGGAUGUGAGGCAGUGGCUGGAACAGAGCUACGGGAAACGGUAGGAGGAACCGAGGACAAUUGAAGAGGACGUAGACAUUCUUUCAGGAGGGACGUUUUUCACUUUAACAAGCUUUUUAAAGGAGAAACGAACAGCUGUGUUGUCAGAGAUGGAAGGUAACUAAAAACCUUUACCCAAGUGCAUUACGUCAGGACAAAUCCAAGGUACCUGUUCUCUGACUAUUUCAUUUCUGCUUGUCUUUGCUUCGACUCGUCAACGAUUCCAAUGAACAUGUUAUUCUUUAUACUGCUCUUCAUGGAUUUGACACUGUAAGGUACACGUUCUUCAUUCAGAUUGAUAGCACAAGCAUCAUAACAAAACAUAUGAUGUAUUUUUAUUUAUAAGAUGAGGAUUACUCGAUCCCUUGGAGGAAAUCCUGUGAAAUUCACCCUGUUUUCCUGGCAAAAAAAAUGAAAAGAAAGAGGAGUACAAAUGAGUCACAUUUCUCUCCAGAUGUUCAGUUUCCAUUGGGCUGUAUUUGUUUAGCUGUUGAUCUGAAACACCACAAUCUGUCUCCAGAGUUACAAACUGCUACUUUGAGUAAAACUUUGACCGCAGGA